AUGACAAGGGACUUUAAAUUAUUUCGGGGCCUUUUUCUUUUGAAAAUCGUGAAAAGUAAUUGCAUCGUCGUCCUUUUAUUCUUUGCUAUUUACGAAUCAUCAAGAUCUGCUGACAUAAAGUGUCAAUUUGGUGAUACUGGAGGAUUCGCAGUUGUUGGAAUGGCAUAUCUUUGUACUUUUUACAAUGCAAAUAUUUCCUCUGAAGAAUCAGCAAAAAUAAACAAUGUCACUGGAAGACACGAAAAUUUAAAAACACAUGAUGAUGUGCUCGGGUUCUAUUCUACUGGAAAUCAAGUUAUUAACUAUUUUCCACAAGGAUUAGAUAAGUUUUUUAUAAAUAUCAAAACUAUUGCAUUAUACAGUAGUAAUUUAAAGGAAAUUCAUCAAGCUGAUUUAAAGCCAUUUCCAAAACUGAUAUACCUCAAUUUGUACGCGAAUGAUUUGGAAAUAUUAGAGGAAGGACUUUUAGAUUUUAAUCCUGAUUUGAAAGUUGUUGGAUUUCAACAAAAUAAACUAUUCCAUAUUGAUUCAAAUGUAUUUGAUGGUUUGAAGAAAUUAAGUUACCUUUGGCUUGUUCAUGUUCCAUGCAUUAGUAAAAAUGCUAUGACUUCAAUUGAAGUUCAAGCUUCUAUUGCUACCAUUAAAGAUAAAUGCACAAGUUCUGAAUUUACAUCGCUUAAUUUAAAAAUUACAAAUCUUGAAAAUAAAUCGAAAACUUUGAGUCCUGAUUUGUUAAGAGUCUAA